AGAUCACAAGCCGACAUCUCAUCGACAAGAAGUUCUCUAGGCUGAACCUGGAAAAUCGGGCAUCAGACUACUAAUCACGAGCGAGGAGCAAAGCCCUGUGAUAUCGCCAUCGCUCCGCCUCGACUGCCCUGUGUUCUCCUUCUCAGAUUCCCAAGCACCAACCUCUGAUCCGGGUUGCCGGCACCGAACCGGUUGACGUUCGCACGAACAUAUUUCAGUGAAUAUCGGGCUAAAAGGCAUCAAGACUUUGUCUGUUCACCAUUAAAAAACGACAUUCCAUCAAGAUGUCCAAGUCACCUCAUCUUCCCGACGUUGGGUCUUCCCAGCCCGACCUCCUCCCUCCACCCUCCUACACCGAAGCCAUCGGGUCUCCCUCCGGCCCCUCUCAAUCCACCACUUCCUCCGUUCCGAUCCCCAUCCGAACAGGCGAAUCCCCUCUAACCACCCAUCUCCGCACCCUACCAUCACGCCUCCGUUCCGCUCAACACUCACAUUCCACGGCCCAGUCCUCCCGCGACGCUUUUCUCGUAGCGCAAUGUGUACCGCACAUCGAGUGGUUCAUCGAAGAUGUCGUGAACUUGCCCAAGACGCCGAAGUUGGCCGAGUUGGUGCUGGUGCCGACGGAGGGAUUACCGGGGGUGGAGUCCUCGGGAGAGGAAACCUCUACGGGAAGAGAGUUGGCGAGGAAGAGGGAAGCGAGGGAUGAUAAGGGGUGGGAGUUGGUUGGGGAGAAAGAGCGAAGGCAGGAGGGGGAGGUGGUGACGGUUGUUUGUGUUUCUGCUGCUCUUGAGCAAGUUGUGACGGACGAAAAGGGGAGGACGGUGGACCGGAAGGGCGAUGGGAAGGGUUCGGGUUCGGGCUCGGGCUCGGCCCGGCCGAGCGAUUACAGUUUCGGAGAGUGGGGCAGGUUCGAGACCGAGACAUCCUCCUCCUCUUCUCGCUCCCAGUUGGGACCCGAGGAAGCAUGGAACUGGUUCGCUACCCCCGUUCUCGCUCGCCGAAUCGCCUCGCUACUUCGUCCCGAGCCAACCCUCGCCCGCAAAACCGUCCAAGCUGCCGUCGAGUCACCCAAGUCCCCGACUUCCCCUUCCUCCAAGAAGUCCGGCUUUGGUAGCUUCUUCCGCAGAUCUUCCUCCAAGUCUGAGCCGCAGACACCAACACCGACGGAGCGGGUCAUAACGCCUGUUAGGCAUGGUGCAAUGCUGGAGGAAGAUAGGAUUACUAUGACGGUUAGGGCGGAGGAAGUCACGUUUAGGAGGGAGAACGAGUUUGGGUUAUGGGAGAGUGUAGGGGGGUGGGGAGUUGUUGUUUCCAUCAAGGUGGGGAGGUUGUAGAAUCGGCUGUGUCUAGCUCUAGGUUUAUAGUCGAAGCUAGUACUACGGUAUAACCGGUAGCAGAGAUACAAAGGACAGGGCUAUUGUGGACGGCGGAGGUUAGGAACGAUAAAUACAUCAAAUAGAAUGCUUACUCUAGAGGUACUCACUUACAGCAAUACAAGGUACCGUACCCCUAAACUC